AUGGACAAACUCAUUCUCAAAGGCAUCCGAUUCCAUGGCCACCACGGCGUUCCUGAAGCGGAGCGACAGGUUGGUGGCCAUUAUGAAGUCGAUGCAACUUUACGGUGUGCGCUUGCCAAUUCCGGCAAUACCGACGCACUCGCAGACACAGUCAAUUACGCCGAAGUCGUUGCACGCAUCGUUGAGAUCGGCACACAGCAGUCGUUCCAACUCAUUGAAGCACUCGCUGAGAACAUCGCCUCAGUCAUUUUAGAGCAAUUCGCGGUAGAUGAGGUACAUCUCACCGUCAAAAAGUUAAAUCCUCCCAUAGAGCAACCGAUUGACUAUUUCGCUGUUGAAAUUUUCCGCAAUGCAUAA